CCUGCGCAGCUGGGGUUUCGCCUGGCUGCUGGGUUAUAAGAUGGGCGAAAUCUAGCAGCUCUGAUUUGAUGCAAAUUUUUUUUUUUUCCCGGCCCGUCUAACCCUCGAAGAGACGCUUCAGCCGGGAGAAGGAGAACGAUGACAUGGAGAGGUGAGGUUGACGUGGUCCGCAGGAGGAUCUCAGAGCUUGUCGCUGUGCGCUAGUUGCCCUGGUGACUACCCUCGCGCGCCACACCUGCAGCGAGAUCACAGCACCUUCACCAGAGUGCCAUUAUGAAGCCCACGCAUGAGCGCAACCAAGAAUGGCUGCCUCCCAAAAAGAGGGACCUCCCGGUCAACAGCAGUGGCAGCAACAGCACAGAGGAAGGAGGGGGCAGCGGGGGGGGCAGUGGUGGAGGCACCGGCGGAGAGGCGACUUCCACUCCAAGUUCAGGUUCCAUAGCUGGCGAGGUCCAGGCUGGCAGCGCCUCUGGCGAGUGGAUGAGGGUCCAGUCAGGGCUGCAGUACAGUGUGGACAACUCGGAUGGCGUGAGCGUGCCAGUUGAUCAGUACGGCAUGGUCUACAAAGUUGCCAUGCCGUCUGUCACCUACUCCCCCACCAGCCUCCACCCAGUGUUGAGCCAUAUCUCUCCAGCCUACACUGUUCCCUCUCCCCUUCUUCAACACCCUGGGAUACCCUACCACCCUCUAGGUUAUGCGCAGAUCCCUCACCCCUCGCUGCAGUUUGUUGGUUCACCAUAUGCAGUACCUUACGCAGUACCUCCUGGCUUUGUGCCCAGCCCACUGAUAUCGCCGCAGUCUGCCAUCCCUCAGCCCCACCAUGUCUCCCACCUGGUCCCCUAUCCAUCAGUCAUUCAGGAAGGCGUCGUUUCCCCACCCUCUCAACCACCCACAUCAAUCCACACCUUAGCUAAAGCAGCACCCUCUGGUAGUGCCCCCUUGGUGUUGUCCCCGGAACAGGCCACACAGCCGCAUGUGUUCUACCACCACCCGGCAUCUAGGACGGCAACAGCAGCUGCCCCAUCCCCCACUGUAACCUUUGGGGACUCGCAGGGAGCCUUGCAGGAACGCAGGAAGGAGGUCAAUGGUGGGGAAGCAGGCCGUUCAGUGAGGGAACAGCCCCAAGACUCUUCCUCCAGGAGUGCACGCGUGCUUCAGGUUGCACCCCCCUCCAGCACCUCUGAUCACCUACAGACCCGUAACCAUGCCUCUUUCCGAUCCGAGGGGAGGGGCUCCCCUGGACAGAGCAGCACCCCAGACACAGACCUGGAGGUUCAGCAGGUAGUCGGUGGUCUUGUGUCCCCCAACCAAGGUGUGACCGGGAGUCGCAAAGAGGUGUCCUUUGGCCCACUGAACCUGUCCCAGGGUUCUCUUCGGAAUAAGGAGGCCCCACCAGUGAUCCGCACUCCAGAAACAUCUGGUUCAAAUCGGAUUGCGUAUUCGGCUCAUCUACCUGCACCAGGUGACCAUCGGGUUCCUGCCCACCAGGCAGUGAUGCUGGCCAAUGGGCAGCAGGUCCUCGUCCCUGUUGACUACACCCAGCCGCACCAGUACAUGAGCUCCCCCAGUGAGGUUGCUCCUGCAUCCAAACCCUCUGACCCCACAGCCAGAAUGUGCCUCCCCGAACAGCCUCAGGUCACCCCUGUGUCUGCCCCUGGCCCCUCACACUUCAUGAAGGGUGCCAUCAUCCAGCUGGCCACAGGGGAGCUGAAGCGAGUGGAGGACCUGCAGACGCAAGACUUUGUGAGGAGCGCUGAGGCGAGCGGGGGUCUAAAGAUUGAUUCCAGCAUGGUGGUGGACAUCAGGCAGAGCCAGCAGCGACCUGGCCUGGUGUCCCUACACUUCAGUGUGGGCGAGCAGCAAAGCAGGGUGACAAUUGACGUACCGCCGGAGCACCCCUUCUUCGUCUUCGGCCAGGGCUGGUCUUCUUGCAGCCCUGAGCGCACGGCACAGCUCUAUGGCCUUACCUGCCACCACCUGCAGGCCGGCGAUGUGUGUGUCUCCAUCACACUGCAGCAGCCACAGCAUCAGUACCCCCAGCAGCAGGCAAUAGCCAGGACCCCCAGCAAGGCCAAACCACCCAGCACUGCUGUUGCCCCUCAGACCAUGGGACCACCUGCCCCACAGCACCCAAGAACCCCUGCCCAGUUCUGGCUGGACCGGACUCACCGGGACCGGGAUGAUGAGGCUAAGGAGGAGGCUGUGGACGGGGGUGGUGUGUCCCUCAAGCCAGACAGGCUUUUGGCAGAACACUCCCGGAGUCAGAGAGGUUACUGUUUGCACAUGGAGGGCCAGGGAGGUGGGGGGGCAGCAGCAGCACAGAGGCGCUGGUCGGUGCCCGGCUUCCAGAGAUAUGGGAGCAAGGCUGAGGAGGAGGCCAACCCGUCGGCCUCAGCCUCCGGCCUCUCAAGACCAACCUUCAUCCCUCAGGAGGUCAAGUUGUCCAUCGAGGGUCGAUCCAAUGCCGGAAAGUAGCAGCAGCACGAGAUUGUCUGAGCAAAUGUGUGUUUGAGUGAGCAAGCGAAAGUAUGUGUGUUUGUGAGAAAGAAGCCUCAGAAUUUUUGAGAUUUUUGCACACUCCAAAGUUACAGCCACUUUUGUGCACUGACGGUGCGACUUUUGGAUGGUGGCCAACUGCUCUGGAAAUGCCAGGGAAUUGAGUGCAGAGCAGAAGAAACACUCUAAGUGGCAACAAAACUGGCAACGGUGAGCACUGCGCCAAAAUGGCCCCCUCGCACAUGCCUCUGUAGGGUGGGCCGCUCAAGCAUAGCUGCCCCCACAGUGGUUGUUGCCGUGUGCUGGGUGUUUCUCAGACCCAUUCACAGCCUCUGGACUGUCUACCAAAGCCUUUCAGAUCUGCAUUCCCUCCAGAGGGUUGGGCCAAUUGCAGCACACCUGAUUACUGUCCCCCACACUUGACCAAAAUCAGAUACAAACCCACGGCUGGAGAGAUCCUACAGCCAUUGCUCAGUGAACAGUAUCAUGUCCACAGAAGCAGCAAGAGUAAAACACUCUUUCCUUGACUAUCUUCAGUACGGAAGAAUUCCCGGUCAUGCAACUCAAGAAAAAUGAGACAUUUCUCCUUCCUAAGCAGAGCUUUUUCACUGAAAGUAAUUCUGGUUAGAGCUACGACAGUGUGUUUAUAGUCUCCCCCCCC